UUAUUUUGAAGCCAGGUCCCGGAAGUGAGGCGGGUUCCCGGGCUCGGCCAGUGAGCGCGGAGCUUCCAGCCUCUUUGGGACGGAUCAGCUUUGUCCCGUUGUUGUGCUGAGAAAGAGUCUCUGGCACCAACAGCGAGGAGCCGCCAGAGCCUCCGUGUGUCCGGAUAAAGCUGCUGCUCUCCGGCUUCACCUCGGACUCAUCUCCCGGGAGCCUCCGGAGCUACUGGAGGUAGCUUAGCAUGCUAACCGGAAGUUAGCCUCGCAGCGCAGCUCAGAGUGAAAACAGAGUUCGUGGAGAAAAGUUUCGAGCGAUGGAAAUGAGUAAAGUCCAGGUGCUGAGAGCGUUGGUGAAGCAGCGACUGAGUGCGGCUGCUGAAGAGAUAUUCGGGCUGUUUGAAAGGACGAUAUCAGAGUACGAGCGGGAACUCUGUCGGUCCAAAGAGGAGAACCAGAGACACCGGAAGCUGCUGGACGCUGUGUUCCAGCCUGAAGUCCGGCUGCACAGAGCAGCAGAAGUCCAGCAGCUGUCGGGGAGCAAUGAAGAGCAAGACUGGUGCCCCAGUCUGGACCAGGAGGACCCAAAACCCCCACACAUUAAGGAGGAGAAGAGCCCCAGUCUGGACCAGGAGGACCCAAAAACCCCACACAUUAAGGAGGAGAAGAGCCCCAGUCUGGACCAGGAGGACCCAAAACCCCCACACAUUAAGGAGGAGAAGAGCCCCAGUCUGGACCAGGAGGACCCAAAAACCCCACACAUUAAGGAGGAGAAGAGCCCCAGUCUGGACCAGGAGGACCCAAAACCCCCACACAUUAAGGAGGAGAAGAGCCCCAGUCUGGACCAGGAGGACCCAAAAACCCCACACAUUAAGGAGGAGAAGAGCCCCAGUCUGGACCAGGAGGACCCAAAACCCCCACACAUUAAGGAGGAGAAGAGCCCCAGUCUGGACCAGGAGGACCCAAAAACCCCACACAUUAAGGAGGAGAAGAGCCCCAGUCUGGACCAGGAGGACCCAAAACCCCCACACAUUAAGGAGGAGAAGAGCCCCAGUCUGGACCAGGAGGACCCAAAAACCCCACACAUUAAGGAGGAGAAGAGCCCCAGUCUGGACCAGGAGGACCCAAAACCCCCACACAUUAAGGAGGAGAAGAGCCCCAGUCUGGACCAGGAGGACCCAAAAACCCCACACAUUAAGGAGGAGAAGAGCCCCAGUCUGGACCAGGAGGACCCAAAAACCCCACACAUUAAGGAGGAGAAGAGCCCCAGUCUGGACCAGGAGGACCCAAAACCCCCACACAUUAAGGAGGAGAAGAGCCCCAGUCUGGACCAGGAGGACCCAAAAACCCCACACAUUAAGGAGGAGAAGAGCCCCAGUCUGGACCAGGAGGACCCAAAACCCCCACACAUUAAGGAGGAGAAGAGCCCCAGUCUGGACCAGGAGGACCCAAAAACCCCACACAUUAAGGAGGAGAAGAGCCCCAGUCUGGACCAGGAGGACCCAAAACCCCCACACAUUAAGGAGGAGAAGAGCCCCAGUCUGGACCAGGAGGACCCAAAAACCCCACACAUUAAGGAGGAGAAGAGCCCCAGUCUGGACCAGGAGGACCCAAAACCCCCACACAUUAAGGAGGAGAAGAGCCCCAGUCUGGACCAGGAGGACCCAAAAACCCCACACAUUAAGGAGGAGAAGAGCCCCAGUCUGGACCAGGAGGACCCAAAACCCCCACACAUUAAGGAGGAGAAGAGCCCCAGUCUGGACCAGGAGGACCCAAAAACCCCACACAUUAAGGAGGAGAAGAGCCCCAGUCUGGACCAGGAGGACCCAAAACCCCCACACAUUAAGGAGGAGAAGAGCCCCAGUCUGGACCAGGAGGACCCAAAAACCCCACACAUUAAGGAGGAGAAGAGCCCCACUCUGGACCAGGAGGACCCAAAAACCUCAAACAUUAAAGAGGGACAGGAGGAACUCACCAGUCAGGAGGGAGAGCAGCUUCCAGGACUGGAGGAGGACAAUAUCACCAAGUUACCAUUCACUCCUGUGAGUGAAGAGAAUGAUGAAGAGAAACCUCAGUCCUCACAGCUUCAUCAAAGCCAAACUGAACAGAUGGAAGCAGAAGCUGAUGGAGAGGACUGUGGAGGACCAGAACCAGCCAGGAAAUCUGAUCCAGAUAGACUUUUUCAACCUGGGACUGAGAACAGUGAUGUUGACUGGGACAUGGCCAGAGAACCAAAGUUGGGUGUAAAACCUCACAAAAAUGUCCCAGUCCGUCGUAGGACACAUAUUACUGAUAAAAAAACGUUUAGCUGCUCUGAAUGUGGGAAAAUAUUUACUCUAAAGGGACAUUUGCAGAGACACAUGAGAACCCACACAGGAGAGAAACCAUUCAGUUGUUCUGAGUGUGGGAAGAGAUUUUCUCGAAAGGGAUAUUUGCAGACACACAUGACAACUCAUUCAGGAGAGAAACCGUUCAGUUGCUCUGAGUGUGGGAAAAGAUGUACGCUAAAGGGAAAUUUACUGACACACAUGAGAAUCCACACAGGGGAGAAGCCAUUCAGCUGCUCAGUUUGUAAGAAAUAUUUCACACGAAGUGACGAGCUAAAAAGACACAUGCAAAUCCACACAGGAGAGAAACCAUUCAGCUGUUCAGUUUGUAAGAAAUAUUUCAAACGAAGUGACGAGCUGACGAGACACAUGAGAAUCCACACGGGGGACAAACGAUACAGCUGCAGUGACAGAAGAUUCACGAGACAUACUCAACUCAAAAAACACAAGUGUGGUGAGGAGUCCUCACAUGGAAACCAACCUGAGGAGAACAGAGAUGCAGAGCCUCGAGUCAGCAGCUCAACUGAACAGAUGGAAGCAGAAGCUGAUGGAGAGGACUGUGGAGGACCAGAACCAGCCAGGAACUCUGAUCCAGAUCGACCUUUACAACCUGAGACUGAAGACAAGACUGAAGACUCUUCAGAGGCUGAAGACAGUGAUUGUAACUGUGAGAAGACUAGGAAACCUCAGUCAAGUGUAAACCCUCACAAAAAUUAUGAAGUCCCAGUCCUUCGUAAGACACACAUUACUGACAAAAAAACGUUUAGCUGCUCUGAGUGUGGGAAAAGAUUUACUGUCAAGGGAACUAUGCAGAGACACAUGAGAACUCACACAGGAGAGAAACCAUUCAGCUGUUCUGAGUGUGGGAAGAGAUUUUCUCGAAAGGGACAUUUGCAGAGACACAUGACAACUCAUUCAGGAGAGAAACCGUUCAGCUGCUCUGAGUGUGGGAAGACAUUUUCACUAAGAAGAACUCUGACUCAGCACAUGAGCAUCCACACAGAAGAGAAACCAUACAGCUGCAGUGUGACAGAAGAUUCAAUUGGCUUUAUCAGCUCAAAAAACACAAGUGUGUUGAUGAGUCCUCACAUGGAAACCAACCUGAGGAGAACAGAGAGGCCUCGAGCCAGCAGCUCAGCUGAACAGAUGGAAGGAGAAGCUGAUGGAGAGGACUGUGGAGGACCAGAACCAGCCAGGAACUCUGAUCCAGAUAGACCUUUACAACCUGAGACCGAAGACAAGACUGAAGACUCUUCUGAGCUUGACACUGACAUUAGUGAUGAUGAGUGGACUGAGCCCAGCUUAACUUUUUCAGAUUUAAACCUUCUAAAUAAGGAAGGUUCUGCCAGCGAUAAGAGAUGUAAAACUGUAUAACCAACCAGGAAGUCAGAUCCAGAAGAAUUAAGUUCCGACUACCCGUCGUCUACAGAAAAGCGUCACAAAUUUGUUGGUAGAGGAUAUCUGCAGGAAAACCACAAAAGGUGAGAAACCUUUUAGCUGCAAAAUAUCGACUUACUUUUUGUUAAACAAAACCAAAAAAUUCCCCAAGCACAACAACAACAAUGAGGUGCUAGUAGAUAGCAGGAUAAGUUACAGAUUACUUUUUGUUGACUUUGACACAAUGUUUAUGCACAUGAAAAUGCACAGAGACGUGAAACACUUCACCUGUUCAGACUGUAUGACUCACUGAUGUUCCACAUAACUGCCCACAGAGGAGAAACCAUACAGUUGAAGGUUCACUUCGUGCUCAGGAGUCCGUCAGAGUUCAGCUGAGAGCAGGAAAUAAAGCAGCUUUCUCACUAUUCAGCAUGUUUGACUGUUUUCUCUCCUAUCUCAGUUCAUUACGUAUGACCAGUUGUAAAGGAAGUACUCCGAUACUUUCAUUCAAGUACUACUACCACGCUUUAAAGUACUCUGUUUCAAGUAAAAGUCCUUGAGUGAAAAUGUUGGUUCAGUAAAAAUGUGAGUUUAAUGAGGAAAAUGUUGUUUAUGUUCAGCAAAGCUUUCCUCCAGUUUUGUUGGUUUGAUGUGCCAGAACCAAGUUUUAGGAAGUUCUAUUCUUAUGAUUCUUUGCACUCGUUGAACAUCCCGAAUCUGAUUGCUCUGUGUUUAAUCACUGUUUACUAUAACAGCUGAUCAGGUCAUCUGUAAUCCAUCAUGAAAAAGAAGAGGAACAAACAGCUGACAGAUUUUCUUUUUCUUUUUUGUGCAGAUUUUGUUAAUUUGACUUAAAUAAAGGGAAAAUAUAACCUGAA